AUGCUACUUCCAGUUCUUCUCCUCAUUGUUGCCUCAGUUCUCCAACCCUGUGGGGCGCAGUCUACUCCGGUGAUUGACCUUGGAUACGCCAAAUAUCGUGGAACAUUUGACCCGGCUCGAUCCAACAACACCGAAUUUCUUGGGAUACGAUUCGCGGCACCUCCUACUGGUUCUUUAAGGUGGCAGGCACCCCGAACGCCAGACUUUGUAGCGGGGAUACAGAACGCUACCGUAGAACCACCCACAUGUCUUCAAGCCACAGAAGGCAGAGGGUCGAGCAAUACUUUUCCUGCCGAUAAAAGAGACGCCCCUGCUUCAGAUCCUGAAGAUUGUCUUUUCUUGAACAUAUAUGUUCCUGGCCAGCCAAAUCCUCGCAAGAACCUACCUGUCGUGGUAUGGAUACAUGGAGGAGGGUACAUUUCUGGUGGCGCCAAUGGGUUUUCUGGGAACGACCUAAUCCGCGAAGCCGGCGGCGGCGUCAUUGCUGUAGUAAUCCAGUAUCGCUUAGGUCUGUUUGGAUUCCUAGCUGGAAAGACAGUGAAAUCACAUGGCGCGUUGAAUGCCGGUCUUCUCGAUCAACAAUUUGCACUUCAAUGGGUCCAGAAACAUAUCGCCAAAUUUGGUGGGGAUCCCAGUCGAGUCACUAUCUGGGGUGUAUCUGCUGGCGAGAAUUCUCAAGUUAUUGCCAAUGAUGGGAGAACUUUCCCGUCCUUGUUCAGAGCUGCGAUAACAAGCUCCAGUUUUCUGCCUUCGCAGUAUGCGUAUAAUAAUGCCGUCCCGGAGUUUCUGUACAAUGCCGUGGUGUCAAGGACGAAUUGUACCUCUGCAGCCAAUUUGCUGACAUGCCUAAGAGAUGCAGACGUAAAUCUUCUUGAACAAAUCAAUAACGACCUUUCUUUGAGCGCGUUUUAUGGUACCUUCGUAUUUGUACCAGUUGUUGAUGGUCAUUUCAUAAAGCAAAGGCCAACGCUAGCUUUUCUGGAAGGAAAGGUGAACGGUGAGGUUCUCAUGUCUAUAACAAACACAAAUGAGGGGGGACCAUUCGUCGACACCAGUACCGCAGGCACCGUUCAGGUUUCUGAAUACCUGACACAAUUAUUUCCGAAUUUGAGCGAUCAGAAUCGUGCCGUUGCCGUUACAAAGUAUUCUGGUCUCGGAGCUCCCAUCGAGCAGGUCGCCGCCAUAAUGGGAGAGACCAUAUUUGUUUGUCCUACGUAUUUCUUGCUUCGCGCUUUCAAAGGGAAAGCAUUCAAGGGUCAAUUUGCAAUUCCCACCCGGCACACACGGAAGUGA